UAUAUUCUCUUUCUUUCAGAAAAUCUACAAUGAAUCAACAUAAAAAGAUCUUCUUCAUCUGUUUGCUGAUAAUGAAGACAGCUUCACAGUUUUGUCGAGAAAGUGAUAAGACACCCACUUGUGACAAUACUGCAGGAUGUAUUUGCGACUCCUCGGUUUGCAUUAGCAAAGAGCCCCCUUGUCCUGGCCAGAACAAUGUUACUAUUAUUGAACCAAAGUUUGGAGAAAUACCACCAUAUGCUUUUGAAAACUAUGGACCUCUCGUUAACUUAGAGAUUGCUGGAGGCAUAGUGAAUACUGUGAGUUCUAAAGCAUUUCGGGGGCUGAGCAAUCUAAGAGAAUUGAGUUUGCGAGAUAAUUUCAUUCGAUAUAUAAACAACCAAACACUCAAAGGUCUAAAUUCGUUGAGAAGUCUCGAUCUUUCUGGCAAUCAAAUUGAUGAUUUAGAAGAAGGAACAUUCAGUGACAGCAAGAUGCUCAGGACACUAAAUCUGGAUAGAAAUACACUGAAUGCUCUCCAGAGGAACACGUUUGCAGGUUGCCAUCGACUUCAGUUUCUCCGCUUAACCAGCAACGGCAUCAGUUCUAUUGAAACUGGAGCUUUCAGUGACCUUGGAAGUCUGCAGGAACUAUAUCUGGGAGAUAACUACCUUGCUAUCAUUGGUGCCAAUAUAUUUACUGGACUCGCAUCACUCAAAGAUUUGUAUCUAAAUACAAACUCUAUUCAGGUAUUAAGUCCAGGAUCGCUGGAACCUUUGAAAAUGCUUCAAACCAUUGAUCUAUCUUUGAACAAAUUACCUUCUAUUGGGAAGACUUUUGGGUCUUUGAGGAAUCUCAGAACAAUCUUUCUGGAUUUCAACUCAAUUGAGAAGGUUGAUGAUGGAACAUUUACAAAUCUUACAUAUCUGGAAACAAUCGACCUAUCAUACAAUAGAAUGGUCUCCUGGUCGUUUCUGAACUUGCCUGCUACAUCAAAUCUUAAGGCACUAAGUCUAUCGUACAAUAAAAUUUCUGAUGUUCUAUACCCUACCAGUUCACCCGAACCUCAGUUUCCGAAGCUUCAAUACUUGGAUUUCUCCGGAAAUUUACUUCAAACAUUUCCAGCAUUCUUCUUAAAAGAGGCUCCAUUACUUGGUCACCCUGAUGUUGCCGAUAACAGCAUUUCUUCUAAACUUGACCUCAGAAAAAAUCCCCUGGCAUGCGAUUGUGAUUACAAUAUUUUGAAUGACUCCCUAGAACAACUGGAAAUAACUUGUGUUCAAAAUGCAUCGAUACAAUGUGGCAAUGUCUCUAUUGCUGAACUGAUGCCAUCAAGUUUGGAUGCUAAUGAUGGUGUCUACUGCCAGGUGUCUGGUAGUCCACUCCCAGAGGUCAUUUGGAAGAAUCCAGAUAGCCACAUAGUGACAGGCUACUACAAUGUCGCUGGAAAAAUCACAUGGCUUCCUCAAGACAUCAAGAAUGUAGGUGACUAUAUGUGCAUGAUAUACAAGGAGGAUGACGAAAAGCUGCGACAACAAGAAAUAGACCGAAAUUCUUCACCUGCUAAAUUAAUACCCUUAUCAAUUGAAAUCAUGAUUAUCAUUACAACACUGUACAUAGUAAAAUAGAAUUUAUCAUAUUACAAUAGGACUACUGAGGAGAUUCUGACAAAUUUGUUGAAAAAUUGUUUCUUUUGGAAAAGAACUACGAGUGUUUACAGAACAUUCUAACCAAACACAGGGGUCCCAAGCAUUCCGGAAGUCGCGGGAGUCUCCAGGAAAUCGGGAAGGCCUCCUGCACUCCCACGAGCAAGCAAGAAUCUCCUGGAAAGUAAAAUAUCUCCCGUAAAUUCACGAUAUCUGCAUGUAUAUGAGCGAGUCGAAUGGCCGAGCGGUUAAGGCAGGGGCACCGUCAUAGCCAAAAAUAACGGCACGGGUUCACGGUCGCCUCGCUUCUAGUUCCGGUGUUAGAACAAGUCUUCUCGGAUAAGGACUACUAUAUAAACCGUAGGCCCAGUGUACACAAAUGCUCAUGAGCACUUUAAAGAACCCAGUACAUCUUUCAAGAUGAGUAGGAAUUUACCCCGGUGUACUGGUUCACUAGGUCCCUGUCGUGGACAGAUGGAACAGCACCGGUUUACCGGCUGCAGAGAACAAGAAGCGACCCUCAGGGAGGAGAAAGUUAUUGAAAAGUGCAACAUCUAGUCCACUGCGUCACGAGCAACGAUUGCUGGAAUGGCACAAUAUCAAAAGAACGAUUUGAUUUUGAUUUGAUUGUUUUUACCAAUUUUUAACACUGUAUUAUCAAUUGUCUCCCAGAUGUCAGUGCCUAAGGGUAUCACUAUCCACAGCAGAAUACUUAGAUGUGUCAAGAAAGCUCAUUUAAACAGAUGUCUCGGAUGAAGAUCCUUCCAAUUUGGGACCCCUGCAAACAGUAGUAUUAAAAUGUAAAUAUUUUCCUAGCCAGAGUCCUAUCAAAUUUAGUUAAACUCAAUGUAUACUUUAUACUUAGUGUAUGUUAAAUGCAUACAGUAAGGAGAAAGCAGUAUAUACUGUAAUUAGUAAACAUCUUCAUCUAUGUUAUUUUUUUGUAAAUAUUGUGCAAUUCAGCCAUAAGGCCUGGGGUGGUGCCAGCAGGGGAAGGGGAGGGGGGCGUGCCAGGGUCUCCAGUUAAGGAUAGUUGGUCCCCCAUCAUAAAUUUUGGGAACUACUACUAUAAAAUAUAAAUAUGGCCGCUGUAACAUCAAUCAGUAUCAAGGUAUUUAACUGGUAUUAAAUUACCUAAACUACUGUAUAAA